GUAUAUUUUGCACAUCCCUAGCACACACUCUUCCACAAAUUUCAUUAAACUUUGCUCCGCAUUAGUUUUUUUUUCGAAGAAAAUCUGAAAUUUGCCAUAAUCUUCAUGUAUCCAACUAGAUAGACAGCGAGAGUCAGCAGCCGAAGCGCAGAGUUCGCAAAUCUCAAGGAGCAACGGCCCCAAAACGAGAACGCGCUGCCCAACUUUGGAUGUUUGAAAAGUAUUAUGGAAAGAGGAUGCCCAGCUGCUAGCAGUGAAUCCGUGGCCAGAGCAGGGGAGCGAACGCAAUCAACAGUCAGCGCCGCCCCCGCCGCCAGUCAGGCCACCACCAGCCGCCGCCGAGCAGAAGGAACGGGAUCAGAAGCAGCAGCAGAAGGAGGAGAGGCAGUAGGAGCACCCACAAAAGCCGUAUCUAUGUCAACGCUGCGGGAGGAUGUGGAGGACGUGUGCGUGUCGUCAAACUCACAGCAUGGUUUCGCCGUAGUCCUGGACGAUGAGUCCAGCACCUUUGAGAUUAGCUCUUCCAACUCACUGCCCACCAGCGCGGGUGCGGCGUCCACCGUGGGUGUGGUGGCCGUCGACGACAGCUCCUCCACGGAUACCAUCAACGAUGGCCCCGUCCAUGCGUCGCACAGUCAGGUAUUCUUUAACGAACCCGAAGAAGACGCCGAGGAUCCGCCCGUUGUCUGCCUUAUAAACGACGACGACGACGAAGAUGAGGAUGAUCCUGAUCCGGAAGUUGAGCCGGAGGACGAAGAGGAUGAGGAGUUGCUGGAGGAUGAUGACGAUGACAUAGCAGUAGCCGCCAUCGAUUGCACCAAUACAUCACAAUUGGCAUUAUCCGACGGCACCAUAAUGGCGGCCGAUGGCUCAAAGAUCUUUCUCGAGACGCCCGUCGUGGAGGAGGCCCAGCCGCAUCCCGGCCAGGUCACAGUCGCCUCACAAGCGGAGCUGGCUGGAAAGCCUAAACGUCUAAGCGAUGAGUUUCUGUUGGGCGAAGAGGAACAGGCAGCGGAAGGAAGGGGAGGGAUCAAGUCUGAGGCGGGCAUCAGCGUGGUCGACGACCAACCGUCCGAAGGCGACCGCCUUAUGUCUGUGCGGCUGAAGCAGAUGAGUCUCACGGCCAGCGCCGUGUCGAAUCCCUCGUCAGCGGAUAUCGUUGCCCAAGAGGAGACCGCCUCCACGUCUAGCUCCAGAUCCAGCUCCAACUCUAGCGCCGGCCUAUCCAAGGCCGACAUAGAGUCCAUGGAUCUGAUCGAGCGGCGUGACUUUGAGACGGAACAGCGGCUGACGGGUGGCAUUAUCCUGCGCACCAGCUCCAUGUUGAGCCAGAACAAAUUGAAUCUAAGUCUGAUCAAAUCCAUGGCGGGGGGUAAAGCAACUGGAGGAGCUACUAACUCAACCAGCAGCGACGACUGGCCCAGCAGCAGCAAUGGGCGCACUGUUUCCUCCGAUAGCAAGUGCACCUACAAGGAUCUGUCGACGACUCCCACAAGCAGUCGCAAAUACACCAACAGCCGGCUGAGCAAGUCCACUGCCAAACUGAAUCUGGGCUCCUCACUGGGAUCUACUUCCAGCUGUAGUCAGCACCGGUCUAGUUCCGCGUCAAAGUCAAUGGCGGAAUCUUCGUCAUCGUCGUCGUCGGCUACCUGCACGGGAGCAGCCCGAACAGAUGUGUACACCAACACCAACUCGAAUGAUUACCCAGGCCUGGUUCCAGCCUCCUCGACCACAUCUGCCAGCAGCUGUCAGCAGAACCACGAGCAGGAGGAAGGUGCUAGUGUGAGUGGUUCCGUCUCCUACAGCUCUGUGGGUUCGCAGACUUCUCAGGAUGGUGGCGGUUGCAGUCGCACCACCGCCCUCAAUCCCUCGGCAGCUUGUUCGGCCGGUUCCGAUUGCUUGGGCGGCAGCGAUGCUCAGGCUUCGACAUCAGCUUCCACCAACUCUAAUCGUUGCCAGUAUGCAUCAAGUGCAUCAACGACGAAGCCGGUGGCGCGUCAGGUGAAUGCCAGCGCCCAGACACAGGAACGAUUCCUGGCACGCAGCAAUCCCCCGACUGCCAGUGGGUCAUUAACAGGAGCAGCUUCAGCGCAACAAUCUGUAGGAGUAGUGGCGCGGCCAAGGCGCAACGGCUCUGGCGAUGUCAUCCAUCUAGAGGUGGUGGUCGAGGAGGGAGCUGGUGCUGGCGCUGGUGAUGGCCUGGUGGAGCCCGGCGACUUUAAUGCCGACGAGCCAUGGGCCAAUUGCGAUGAGGAGAACAACUGUUCCGAUCUGGAGGAGAUUUGCACCUGCCAGAACGGCAGCAGCUAUGGCGGCAGCAAUGCCAGCUUGAGCGAGGCCUAUGACCUGGAUCCCAUGGAUCACGAGGAGCCCCAUAUCCUUUCCGCCUAUAAAGCGGUCAAUGGCAAUGGAUCGUUUAGCAACACCAGCUCGCUGAUCCCGUCGCAGCAGCGCAAGCGGAAGUUCAACGAGGGGCGUCUACUGGAUGGCACCGACUACUCGAUGACCAUCUCCGCCAGCGGUGGAGUGGGUGACUCUGGCUCAGGAUUGGGUGAUAACUGUCGCAAACGGAUUGCCUACGAUUUUGCCUCCACCCCGCGCUCCUCCUCGGUACCCACGGCGGUGCUGUCCCUGACGCCUUCGUCACAACACCUCGCCAAUGCUUCGCCGGGCUCGGGCUUCGGUCGCCGUACACCACGAUCUGUACCGUCACGAGACAAUCCGCCGCCAGAGCUGCAACACUGGUUGGCCCAGUUCCAGCGGUGGUCGCAUGUCGACUGUCUGCUCGCCUUGGACCGACUGAUUGAGCAUUGCGAUGCCUCGCAGGUCCGCCACAUGAUGAAGGUGAUUGAGCCGCAGUUCCAGCGUGACUUUAUCUCCCUGCUGCCCCGGGAAUUGGCCCUCUUUGUGCUCUCUUAUUUGGAGCCAAAGGAUCUGCUGAGGGCUGCCCAGACGUGUCGCAGCUGGCGCUUCCUGUGCGACGACAACCUGCUGUGGAAGGAGAAGUGCCGAAAGGCGCAGAUACUGGCCGAACCGCGCAGCGAUCGCCCUAAGAGGGGACGCGAUGGCAAUAUGCCGCCCAUAGCUUCACCUUGGAAGGCUGCCUAUAUGCGCCAGCAUAUCAUCGAGAUGAACUGGCGGUCGCGUCCAGUGCGUAAGCCCAAAGUGCUCAAGGGCCACGAUGACCAUGUGAUAACAUGCCUGCAGUUCUCCGGCAAUCGCAUUGUGUCCGGCUCUGAUGACAAUACGCUCAAGGUGUGGUCGGCGGUUAAUGGAAAGUGCCUGCGCACUCUGGUGGGUCAUACUGGUGGUGUUUGGUCUUCCCAAAUGUCUGGAAACAUUAUCAUUUCGGGCAGCACCGAUCGCACACUCAAGGUCUGGGACAUGGACAGCGGUGCCUGUGUCCAUACGCUUCAGGGGCACACAUCCACGGUGCGCUGCAUGCAUCUGCAUGGCAACAAGGUGGUAAGUGGUUCGCGAGAUGCCACUCUUCGCGUCUGGGACAUUGAACAGGGCUCCUGUCUUCAUGUUCUGGUUGGCCAUUUAGCCGCCGUGCGUUGUGUCCAGUACGAUGGCAAGCUAAUUGUAUCGGGAGCCUACGAUUACAUGGUCAAGAUCUGGCAUCCGGAGCGUCAGGAGUGCCUUCACACGCUGCAGGGUCACACGAAUCGCGUCUACUCGCUGCAGUUUGAUGGCCUCCAUGUGGUCUCUGGCUCUCUGGACACCUCGAUACGCGUAUGGGAUGUGGAGACGGGCAAUUGCAAGCACACUUUAAUGGGUCAUCAGAGCCUGACCUCCGGCAUGGAGCUGCGUCAAAACAUUCUCGUCUCGGGCAAUGCCGAUUCCACUGUCAAGGUGUGGGACAUCACAACGGGACAAUGCCUGCAGACGCUGUCGGGUCCAAACAAGCAUCAGUCGGCGGUGACUUGUCUGCAGUUUAAUUCCCGAUUUGUGGUGACCAGCUCUGACGAUGGCACUGUCAAGUUGUGGGACGUGAAGACAGGAGACUUUAUACGCAAUCUGGUGGCCCUGGACUCUGGUGGAUCUGGGGGCGUUGUGUGGCGGAUCAGGGCAAACGACACGAAGCUUAUUUGUGCCGUGGGCUCGCGCAAUGGGACAGAGGAAACAAAGCUCAUGGUCCUGGACUUUGAUGUGGAGGGGGCUUGUGUCAAGUGCUCAUAGUAGGAGCCAAUGGUGGUUCGCAUUCGGUCCAGCCAGCGAUUGUGCGGACGGGGCAGCAGCAGCAGCAGCUAGUAUACAGCUUCAAGCGAGAUUUCAUUACAAACUCAUCAUCUAAGCACACACACACAACACACACACACUAUCCGUAAUGUAAUGUUGAUUGCCUUGCCAACACUUACACACACACACACGCGCAACACAACAAAAAGUUUGGGGGUGGCUGUGGCUGUGAGUGCUUGUGUUGUUAAUAAUUAAUAAUCCUCUUUAAUUUACGUUGCUUCAUAGCCAAAAUUCGUUUUCCACCGUAGAAUAAUUUCGCUUCUUAGUUUGUAAAAUCCAUUAAGUAACGUUUAUCGUUUAACUACGUUUACGAUAAAUAUUAUAGUAGGUAAUAGUGCGUACAUAACAGAUGAUUUACAGUUUGUUCCGCGUCGUGUGAGCAUGAGAAAGAGAGAAGAGAGUGAACAUUUAUAUGAAAACAACAGAGCUUUAUAUUGAUUAAAUUGUAAUUUGUUUAAUUGGAAUAAUCGCGUAUAAGUCGAUAUAUGCCAUGCUGGUUAUAUGUUGACCUCUUGCAUUGAGUUUUUGUCCCCCCGUUUAUUAUGUUUACACAUGUGUGGUUUCGUUCGUUGUCCAAUUUGUUUUGUUUAAAUGUUUCAACUUGUGCGAUGCCCACUUUUAUAUUCUAUAUGUUCCGCAUAUUCCUGUUCUCGAUUUAUUCUGUUUGAUAAUAAGUUUAUAGUGCGAUUGGCUUCCAAUUCCAAUUUCAAAUUCGAAAUUCCCCACAAACCACCUGCCACAAUUGCCGAGACCUAGCGUUUAAGAAGAGUCAUCAUCUGCCGCAGCAGCUCACACAGCAGCAACACAACAAACAAACACACAAUAACAGCAGUAACACACUCACACACACAUACACGUGAAAUCAUUAAGCGAACAUAUAUUUUAAUUAUAGACUGAUUUAAUAGUAAUUGAAAUUAAUCUACAAAUAUAUAUGUGUAAUGAAUGGUACCGUAUGUAUUUCAAUAAAAUUUAUCGGUUUAAGCAUAAAUCUGAAUAAACGCAGGAAUAAUAAUAA